AUGGCGCAGCGGUUCCGGGUCCUGCGGUGCUGCCGCUGCCGCCGCUUCCAAGUGCACCCGGCCAAGCGCGGCGGGAAGUGGAGCUGCAGCGUGUGCGGGCAGUCGCAGGCCGUGCAGAAGGUUUACGGGCAGGGCUCCGGCCCGGACUGCAGGCACCACGUCCAGAAGUUAAACUUGCUGCAGGGAGAGGCAGAGGAAGCGCUUGGCUGGACAUCUUGGUGCGUAGAAGACUCUGUAAAUGACAGCAAAAACAGAGCAGCACAACGUGAGGACAGUUCAGUCCAGCAGGAGGGAAGUCAGACGUUAGAAGGGAGUCGCUGGAGUAAAUACCUGGACCAGGAGAGUGAGGAUCAGGAAGACGGGGAGGAGGAGGCAGCUCUAGCAAGGCAACAGUUCUGUUCCCAGAGGAAGAACACUGUGGGAGAACAAAGGAAACAUCGGAAGAGCUUCCUCUCCGGUGAUGUUCCAGAGCAUGCAGAAGAAAAUGGAGUUUUCCAGCCUGUCUAUCAAGCCAAAAAGGUUAAAACCACUGAGCACAAGAAAUGCUUUGCAGCAGUGCCUGAUGGGGAUGGCAGAGAUGGUGUUUCUGGAGGCAGCGUGGUUCCUGCUGUCUGUGAGGCUGCAGUGCCUGAGGACAACACACAACCCCCAACCACCUGUGCCAGACCAUCGAAGUGGGGGAAAUUUCUCUCAUCUUCUGACAACUCCAGUGAAAACACUGCUGGGGUGACCUUGUCACUGUGGGGGAGCAGUGGAGGUUUGGGGCUGGACAGCACCACUGCAGCAGGUGCUGGUGGGGCCAGGAGAUGCUCAGAACAGGCUGGAGGAACUCAGCCUCAAGGUACAGGUUUUAAAUUUAAAAAGUGUGGUGCCAGCACUGAGGGUCUGGCUAUGAAAUUGCCCAGCACCAGAUGCUCAGCUGAGGAUGUGUCCAAAGAACCUCAGAGUCAGACAGAAACUACUGCAGGAAGGUGCUGUUUGGAUAACACCAACAGGGCAAAUACCCUUGUUAACUCUAACCCCGGGCCAAAGCUGAGCAACAUUUCUUGUGAAAAACUCUUUUGCACAGGUGAGGAGUUUGAUGAUGAUCUCUGAGAAGUUCAGACAUCUUUGGCAUUGCUUUCUUGUCUCUAUAAUGUAUGUCAAGCUCUGAGGCACAAUUUUAAACUGAAGGUGGCUUCACUCUAAGCCACUAUUAGAACUACACUAUUAAAGUUGUUUACUUGCUUUA